GUGCCUUGUGGCGCUGUGCUGGGAGGACCCAGGGUCAAGCAGUGGCGACGGGUGGCGCUAGGUUGGCAUGAGCCGGCGUUUCCAGAUCCAGGCUGACCCUGUUUUGACACAAUGGUUAGACACAGCAAACUACAGAAACAAGUCUUGAGCCUUUACAAACAAUUCCUCCGAGCUGCCCGGGAGAAACCAGGAUUUUUGCCUCUAGUUUGCAGUGAAUUUCGUAAAAACUCCCAAAUACCCAGGACAGAUGUUAUGCACAUUGAAUAUCUAUUGAGAAGAGGGCAAAGGCAGUUAGAACUGCUCAGGAAUUCAAACACCAAGCAACUAGCAGCUUUCAGUAGAUUCACUCAACAGAAGUUUGGGUCACAAAAAUUGAAAGACUUGCCAUGAUAGCAACAAGAGCUGGCAUUAAAAAACAACAGUCGGAUUUCUGAAAUGCAUUUCCAUAAUAGUGCAAGAUUGUAAAUUAAAUGAGUUAAGCCAAAGGAUGUAAAUACAAUGCAAUGAAUGAGAUUGGAAUGGUCACACUAAUAAAAUAAUAAAAAUUACAUG